UUGAACUGCUUCCGCGUGCUUACGUAAGAUCCUAUCCAAUUCAGGCUUUCAAGCAGCGCACCUCCUUCGUCCUUUACCAACACUUCAUUCACUCUGUCCUCAACACCGCGCUAUCUUUCUCUAAUGGCCACUACUGUUCUUGUUUCCGCUUUCCCUCCUUUCAAUACUUUGACGGUCUCGGUGCCAUCGGACACGUCUCUUAUUGACCUCUAUGACCUCUUGACGGAGCGCUAUCCUCAACUUCCUAGCAAUGACUCCAAUAACCUCGACUUAGUACUUUCCCCGCACUCGGGACCGAUUCCUCCAGCAGACACCCGUCUAUACUCACUUUUGGGCAAUGGAAGAGAAAGUCUCGUCAGUUUGCGCUUGAUCCCGAGAGUACGUGGAGGGAAAGGAGGUUUCGGGUCCCAGCUUCGUGCAGCCGGCGGUCGUAUGAGCAGUCAAAAGACAAGCAACAACGAUUCAUGCCGUGACUUGAGUGGAAGGCGGUUGUCUACCAUAAAAGAAGCUAAGAAGUUAGCGGAGUACAUCGAGAGUGAGCCUGCUCGUAAGAAAGCACAGCAGGAAGCUCAGAGGGCUAAGCUGGAAGCACUCGAAAAGAAGUUGGGCAUGAACAAGGACGGAAGUGGAGGUUCUACAGAUCCUCUGGCGGGCAAGAAGCACCGUCUGGAAGAUACGGAAUAUCUGGAACAGACGAAAGACCUUGUUGACAAUGUCAAGUCCGCGGUCUCUGUUGGUACGUUAUCUAGCUUGCUUAUUCAGUCUUAUAUCGAACUAACGAAACGUCACAGCUAUGUUGAAGAAAAAGAAGAAAGCGAAAACGACACACAGUCCUCCAACGGAGGAGACUAAAUCGUCUAUCGCUCCAGCACCAACCGCGGUUGCAACUGCAGCGGAGAAGUCGUUGGAGUCUCCAGACAUUGCGCCGCCUGCUGCCACGGUAGUAGCGCGUGCUUGAGUGGUUCUGAUUUUAUCGUUAUUGUGUAUCUUCAGCUUCACCUUGCACAUCUGUAUCAUAGGGGUUCCAACCGAAUACAACGAUUGUUUCUGCUCUCCCUUUCUUUGGUCGUCCCUCUAUCUAUGAUUUACUACUCGAAUUUAUAAGUCGUCAGUGCCCUCCGACACAUUCAUACUCAUUC